AUGCCCAACUUUCAUCUGCUGCUGUUACUGCUCUGGGUAGUGGGGUCUCAUGGCUUCCCAGCAACUUCAAAAACACAAGAAGAGGAAGAUGAGGAAGUGGUCCAGAAAUACCUAGAAAACUACUACAAUUUGAAAACUGGUUGGAGGACAAUCUCAAAGCAGACAGGCCCUGGCCAAUCAGUCGAGAAACUGAAGCAAAUGCAGGAAUUCUUUGGACUGAAGGUGACUGGGAAGCCAAAUGCUGAAACUCUGAAGAUAAUGAAGCAACCCAGGUGUGGGGUACCUGAUGUGGCGAACUUUGUCCUCACCCAAGGGAACCCACCACGUUGGGAACAGACACAGCUGACUUACAGGAUUGAAAACUACACACCGGAUUUGUUGAGAGCAGAUGUGGACCAUGCCAUUGAGAAGGCUUUUCAGCUCUGGAGCGAUGUCACACCCCUGACGUUCACCAAAGUUUCUGAGGGUCAAGCAGACAUCAUGCUAUCCUUCGUCCGGGGAGAUCAUGAUGACAACAAUGCCUUUGAUGGACCCGGCGGGCAGCUUGCUCAUGCUUAUCAACCCGGCUUGGGCAUGGGAGGGGAUGUUCAUUUUGACGAAGAUGAAAGGUGGACCAAGGAUCUCAGAAAUUAUAACCUGUUCCGCGUUGCUGCUCAUGAACUGGGUCAUUCUCUUGGACUUGCUCAUUCUACUGAUAUUGGGGCAUUAAUGUACCCUAGUUACAUGUUCAGUGGUGAUGUUCAGCUAGCUCAGGAUGACAUUAAUGGCAUCCAAGCCUUAUAUGGAGCAUCUCAAAAUCCCAAUCAGCCAGUAGGCCCACAGACACCGCAAGCAUGUGACAGUAAACUGACUUUUGAUGCCAUAACUACAGUUCGGGGAGAAAUAAUGUUCUUCAAGGAUAGAUUCUACAUGCGUGCAACUCCCUUCUACCCAGAAACUGAGCUCAAUUUCAUUUCUGUUUUCUGGCCACAUUUGCCUAAUGGCCUUCAAGCUGCUUAUGAAGUUGCCCACAGAGACGAAGUCCUGUUUUUCAAAGGUAACAAGUACUGGGCUGUGCAGGGGCAAGAUAUGCUACCAGGAUACCCCAAGGACAUUCACAGCUCCUUCGGCUUCCCUCGAAGUGUGACGCAUAUUGACGCAGCUGUUUCUGAGGAGCAAACUGGAAAAACAUACUUCUUUGUUGCUAACAAGUACUGGAGGUAUGAUGAAUACAAACGAUCAAUGGAUGCAGGUUAUCCAAAAAGAAUAGCAGAUGACUUUCCUGGAAUUGGAAACAAGGUUGAUGCUGUUUUCGAGAAAGAUGGCUUUUUCUAUUUCUUUCACGGAACAAGACAAUACAAAUUCGAUCCUAAAACACAGAGAAUUUUGACUCUCCAGAAAGCUAAUAGCUGGUUCAACUGCAGGAAAAAAUGACCAUUACAUAGCUGAAUGAAACAAUGUAUUUUGUGAGCCUCA